GCGCGGGAGCGCCUGGGGCGGAGGUGGAAGCUGAGUGGAUGCCAUGCUGCGUCUCGCGGCCAAGCUGGUGUCCUUCUUCUGGAGAAGAGAGGACAUCCCUGAGGAGGAGGUCGGGCAGCCCGGGCAGGAGCUGUCGGAAGGUGAUACCAGGUUGAAAACUGUGCAGGGUGUUGUGACAAGAUACUGCAGUGAUUAUGGCAUGAUUGAUGAUUUGAUCUACUUUUCUAAUGAUGCCGUGACUAGCAAAGUACUUCUGAAUGUUGGACAGGAAGUAAUUGCAGUUGUUGAAGAAAACAAAGUAUCAAAUGGACUGAAAGCAAUCAGGGUGGAAGCUGUCUCUGAUAAAUGGGAAGAUGAUAACAAAAACUCUUGUAAAGGGUUGUCAGACUCCAGGCCCAGAGUGCUGAUUGGCUGUGUGACUUCCAUGUUAGAAGGUGCUGGUUACAUCAGCCAGACCACAUAUUUCUCUCUGGAGAGCGUGUGUGAAGGUUUCCGCCCAUGCAAGGGAGACUGGGUAGAGGCUGAGUAUUGGAUCAGGCCAGGGACAUGGAGCAGUGAAGCAAUCUCAGUGAAGCCGCUACGGUACAAGCGUGUGGACAAGGUUUGCAUUUCCAGCCUAUGUGGGAGGAAUGGGGUGAUAGAGGACAGCAUCUUCUUCAGCCUGGACUCCCUGAAGCUGCCAGAAGGGUACACACCAAGGAGACACGACAUUGUCAAUGCUGUGGUGGUGGAGAGCAGCCAGUCAUGCUACAUCUGGAGAGCACUGUGCAUGACCCCCGUGAAGAGAGAUACUGCCACUGUUGGUGAGGACCCUCAGGAGCCCUAUGGGGCCCUCUUACUGAUAAACAAAGGUGAUAUUGAAGUUACGAGAAUGACCAGUUUUGGAACAUUGAAGGAAGGAGAAAGCAAGGCAAUGGUGAUCUGGAUAGAGAAUAAAGGAGAGAUUUCUCAGGACCUCGUUAGUUGCAGGCUGGCUGGCUGGGAUAAAGCACAACAGUUUAGAUUCGAGCCACAGGGCAGUGGCCAGGCCUGUUCAGGGGAGGCUGCUGUUUCUGUUCCUGAGGGUGAAAAUGUUAAUUCAUUGAAUCAUCACAGAGACAACAAAACUGAUGAGACACCAGAGAGUAGUCUGGUGAACAACACAGAAAUCUCUCCAGAUGACUGCGCUUGUGAAGAAGAAAGUAGAGAAAAAGGGAAUACAUCAAAGAAACAGGAGCCUGGGCCUGGGGGCCUUAUUCCUCCAGGAGAGAAAACUUCCAUUGUGGUCACAUGUGAUGCCAAAAACCCUGGCCGUUGCAAAGAACUCCUUCUGCUGUGUUUCUCUAAUUUUCUCAUUGGGCGACAUCUCGAAGUGAACGUCGUGAGUGGUGAGGAGGCAUUGAUAGCCGUGCGUGAGCCAUUUUCUUGGAAAAAACCUAAAAGUUCCCAAACAUUAGUGUCUGCAAAGACUACAGUUGUUGUGACCACACAGAAAAGGAACUCAAGGCGACAACUUCCAAGUUUUCUUCCACAGUAUCCAAUACCAGAUAGACUAAAAAAAUGUGUGGAACAGAAAAUUGACAUCCUGACUUUUCAGCCACUUCUUGCAGAGCUUUUGAACAUGUCAAACUAUAAGGAGAAGUUCUCCACUCUGCUGUGGCUGGAGGAGAUUCAUGCAGAAAUAGAACUAAAGGAGUAUAACAUGAGUGGCGUUGUCCUGAAGAGGAAAGGGGAUCUGCUGGUACUGGAGGUCCCUGGGCUUGCUGAGAGCCGACCUUCCCUCUAUGCAGGUGACAAACUGAUUUUAAAAUCUCAAGAAUACAAUGGACAUGUCAUUGAAUAUAUCGGCUAUGUCAUGGAGAUUCAUGAAGAAGAUGUAACUCUUAAACUUAAUCCAGGAUUUGAACAAAUGUAUAACUUUGAACCUAUGGAUGUGGAGUUUACAUACAAUAGUUUGGCCAAAGCUCGGGUAGAUGAAAUUCAGAUCCCUAAAGCAAGAGAUAAGGAGUUCUUCAAUCCGGUACUCAAUGAAAACCAAAAGCUGGCAGUGAGGAGAAUUCUAAGUGGUGACUGCCGACCCCUCCCAUAUAUUCUUUUUGGACCUCCUGGGACUGGGAAGACUGUGACAAUAAUUGAGGCUGUUUUGCAGGUACAUUAUGCUUUGCCGGACAGUCGGAUUUUGGUCUGCGCUCCCUCCAACAGUGCUGCAGACCUUGUGUGUUUGCGACUUCAUGAGAGCAAGGUGCUGAAGCCAGCUGCCAUGGUCCGGGUGAAUGCCACCUGCAGAUUUGAGGAGACUAUUAUUGAUGCCAUCAAACCAUAUUGCAGAGAUGGAGAAGAUAUCUGGAGAGCAUCACGCUUCAGGAUAAUAAUCACUACAUGUAGCAGUGCAGGACUGUUCUACCAGAUAGGCGUGAGAGUUGGAUACUUCACACAUGUAUUUGUGGACGAGGCAGGCCAGGCAAGUGAGCCAGAAUGCCUAAUUCCUUUGGGACUGAUUUCAGACGUCAAUGGUCAGAUUGUCCUUGCUGGAGACCCUAUGCAGCUUGGCCCAGUCAUCAAAUCCAGGCUGGCUAUGGCCUAUGGGUUGAAUGUGUCUAUGUUGGAGAGGUUGAUGUCCAGAGCAGCAUACUUGAGAGAUGAGGAUGCCUUUGGUGCUUGUGGUGCCUACAACCCUCUUUUGGUAACAAAACUAGUGAAGAACUAUAGGUCCCACUCAGCCCUGUUGGCACUGCCCUCUCGCCUGUUCUAUCAUAGGGAGCUUGAGGUCUGUGCUGAUCCCAAAGUAGUGACUUCGCUGCUGGGCUGGGAGAAGCUGCCCAGAAAAGGCUUCCCUCUCAUCUUCCAUGGCGUGAGGGGAAAUGAGGCUCGUGAAGGGAGAAGCCCAUCGUGGUUCAGCCCAGCUGAGGCUGUCCAAGUCAUGCGCUACUGUUGCCUCUUGGCCCGAAGUGUCUCCAGCCAAGUUUCUUCCAAGGAUAUCGGUGUCAUCACACCCUAUCGGAAGCAGGUGGAGAAAAUAAAAAUCCUUCUGCGAAAUGUGGAUUUGACUGACAUAAAGGUUGGCUCAGUUGAGGAGUUCCAGGGGCAAGAGUAUUUGGUCAUUGUCAUUUCCACAGUGCGGUCAAAUGAAGAUAGAUUUGAAGAUGACCGUUAUUUUUUGGGUUUCCUGUCCAAUUCAAAAAGAUUUAAUGUUGCAAUCACAAGACCCAAAGCAUUGCUUAUCGUUCUGGGAAACCCUCAUGUGCUUGUCAGAGUAAACAAAGCACCUCAUGUAAAAGAGCCCUGGAGGAAAGUGGCUGCAGGUGCUCACUUCUCCAGUGUCAGGGUCUGUGGGACACAGAAGAGUAUGGCCCAUUGA